GACGGACAGAUGAGGAGACCUUCCUGAAGAGCUGAAAGACUAAACCGGGCUGAAGAGAGCGCAGGAAAUUACCAAAUGAGAAAUCCAUUCAUUAAUUACAAUAACAUUUAAAUCCAACGAAAAAGUUGCAGCAUUGAUGAUGAUGAUGAGACAUCCAUAAAAUGCAUUCCACAUCAUAAAUAAUCCCCAAAGCUAAACGCCAGCAACAAAGUUGAGGAAGUUAAAGCUGAGGAAAGUUAUUUUCUGAGGAAAUAAUAAAAAUACAAAACAAACACAGAGUUUCAUGGCCAUGGAACUAAUAGAGCAAGAGCCACGCCUGGACUUUCUGCCAGGUGCCGAGGAGGAGGCAGAGUUUGAACGUUUGUAUGCCGCACCCGCAGAAAUUGUGGCACUGCUGUCCAUCUUUUAUGGCGGCAUCAGCAUUGUGGCUGUCAUCGGGAAUACCCUGGUCAUCUGGGUGGUGGCAACCACGAGACAAAUGCGUACCGUAACGAACAUGUACAUUGCAAAUUUGGCCUUUGCCGAUGUGAUAAUAGGACUCUUUUGCAUACCAUUUCAGUUUCAGGCGGCUCUUUUGCAGAGCUGGAAUCUGCCUUGGUUCAUGUGCAGCUUCUGUCCGUUCGUUCAAGCGUUGAGCGUCAAUGUUUCGGUGUUUACAUUGACGGCAAUUGCCAUAGAUCGGCAUCGUGCCAUCAUUAAUCCACUUAGGGCACGUCCUACGAAGUUUAUAUCAAAGUUCAUAAUUGCUGGAAUUUGGAUGCUAGCUGUGCUCUUUGCCGUGCCCUUUGCCAUAGCCUUUCGUGUGGAGGAGUUAACCGAAAGGUUUCGUGGUGAGUCCCACACAAUUUGUAAUCAUAAUCAUUCUUAUCACAUCUUUGGGUUAGAAAACAAUGAGACCUACAAUGUGACACGAAAUUUUUGCAUGAACAAGAAUCUAUCGGAUGACCAGUUGCAAACCUUUCGAUACUCGCUGGUAUUUGUGCAGUAUCUGGUUCCAUUUUGUGUCAUCAGCUUCGUCUACAUUCAAAUGGCAGUCAGAUUGUGGGGCACAAGAGCUCCGGGCAAUGCACAGGACUCACGGGACAUAACGCUGCUCAAAAACAAGAAGAAGGUCAUCAAAAUGCUGAUUAUUGUCGUGAUUAUCUUUGGUCUGUGCUGGUUGCCAUUGCAGCUGUAUAAUAUUCUGUACGUGACGAUACCGGAAAUCAACGACUACCAUUUCAUUAGCAUCGUUUGGUUCUGCUGCGAUUGGCUGGCAAUGAGCAAUAGCUGCUACAAUCCCUUUAUUUACGGCAUCUACAAUGAGAAGUUCAAGCGGGAAUUCAAUAAACGAUUCGCUGCGUGCUUCUGCAAGUUCCAGACGAGUCUCGACGCCCACGAGAGGACCUUCUCGAUGCACACUCGUGCCAGCUCCAUCAGAUCCACCUAUGCCAACUCCUCUAUGCGCAUACGCAGCAAUCUGUUUGGCGGUGUUCCCGGUCGUGGUGGCGGUUCCGUCAAUAAUGGCAUCAAAAAUUCUUUGCAUUUACCACGAAACGGGGUCCAAGGCAGCGGCAACAACGUGAGCCUCCUCUGCAGCCAGAACAACAACGGAGGAGCUGCGGGAGGACACCAUCAUCUUCAGCAUCAUCAGAGUGUGGUUACCUUUGCUGGUCCGUCGGUUCAUGGUGCUCCAGGGACAAGUAUAAGCUCCAUGCCGCCAUGGCGACGAAACAACUUCAAGCCUUUGCAUCCGAAUGUUAUCGAGUGCGAGGAUGACAUGGCGCUCAUGGAGCUGCCAUCGAACACGCCACCCAGCGAGUAGCUAAGCGGCAAAGUGGGCUCCAAGGAGGACUGCAGGACCAGGUGCAUUUGUGAGCAGGUAAUUGGCAGUCAAACUGAAUGCGAUGGCUCCUGCAUUCUCAGCGAGGUGUCCCGUGUCCACUUGCCCAAGAGUGAGGCUCUAUGGAAUCAGCAUUAAGAUGCUCCCUAAGAUUGGUGAUGGAAAGAUAUUGGUAUCUGUGAUUUUUGUCUUAAUGAAUUGUGAUUGCGCAUCCACUGGAUAAAUGGAGAUGGCUCGAAGCGGAUUUGUAUCGAUUGUGAGAGAGUGUGGGCGGGCCCCUGUACAGUAUUAUAACUCGACAACUACAGAUACAAUUUACGUUCCUUCAAUUACAAAACAAACAUAAAUACAUGUGUAAACUUUGCUUAAAAAAAACAAGAAACUAUGGUUUAAAACAUUAAAGCUUUCACCAAAUCAAAUUUGAAAAUGAAAUACGUACCAACUAAUUAAAACAGAGCUCGCAAAUAAGCCUAAUCAUGAAACUAUAACAACUAAAGGAACGAUAAGGUUUUUUUCGGGAGUGCUUUUUUAGUUGCGAGCUCUGAUAAUCACCUUAAAUCAAUUAAGUAGCAUUUAAAUUAAAUUAUUGAAAUCCGAAUAUAUAUGUAUGUUGUAUGUAUCCCAAUGUCUGUAUAUGUAUGUCUGUAUUUGUGUACAAUAUUUGUCAUUAAACCAAACAGCAAAAAAGAAAGGCUAAUUAAUGUAAUUAUUCU